GUUCUUCCACGGAGAUAUUAGAAAAUUAUUGAUUAAACGUCUGUAACCUUCAAGCCUAAUAUUCUCGAUGUAAGAUAAGCCAUGACGUAUUUUUUUAGAAGAUAAAUCCAGAAGAGUUUUAAGACCACAAAUCAUACUUGUUCUCUUUGUUUCUGCUGCGAAUAUGUAUAUAUAGAUUGAAGCAUCGUGAUCAAAUCAUCUUCUUCCUUUUGAACUCCAUCCAACAAUUUAUAUAUAGAGGUGGGUGUCAUUUCUUGUAAUCCAACAUCUCUAUCUACAAACAAACACUUUCUCAGUCUUAGCUUUUCUUUGGUUCAAUAAUGGAUUCAACUACUGCUGAAGUUGCAUACAACUUUGCCCCAUUUCUCCGGGUAUACACAGAUGGCCUUGUAGAGAGGUUGAUCGGCACAGAUGUAGUUCCACCGGCAAUGAAUUCGGAAACCGGGGUUUCCACCAAGGACGUUGUGAUCGCACCUGAAACUGGCGUAUCGGCACGUCUGUUCAAGCCGAACUCCGUCAACCCAGAGAAAAGGCUUCCUCUACUAGUUUACUUCCAUGGCGGAGGCUUCUCCCUAUGCUCCCCUUACUGCUCCAUAUACCAUAAUUACCUUACUUCUCUAGUCCUCGAAGCUGACAUCAUUGCAGUGUCUGUUGCCUACAGACUGGCCCCUGAAAACCCUGUCCCGGCAGCUUAUGAAGAUUCAUGGGCUGCGCUUCAGUGGGUGGUUUCCCAUUGUAAUGGGCAAGGCUCCGAACCUUGGCUGAAAGACCACGCUGAUUUUCAGCGAGUUUUUUUGGCGGGAGACAGUGCAGGGGGCAAUAUUUCACACAACUUGGCUGUACAAGCCGGGGUUGAAGGGCUGGGUGGUGUGAAGCUGCAAGGAAUUUGUGUAGUUCAUCCAUAUUUUGGGAGAAAAUCAGAAGAUGAUGUUGGCAAGGUUGAUGACAAUGCCAGUGGUGGUCGACCGGACGUGAGGCCCGGUGUGGAUAACUGGUGGCUUUAUGCGUGUCCAACAACUAGUGGGUUCAAUGACCCAAGGUACAAUCCGGCGGCUGAUGAGAGGUUAUGGAGGCUAGGGUGCAGUAAGGUUCUGGUUUGUGUUGCAGAGAAGGAUGCGCUGAGGGAAAGAGGGUGGUUUUAUUAUGAGACAUUGGGUAAGAGUGGUUGGAGUGGAGAGGUGGAGAUUAUGGAGACAGAGGGGGAGGGGCAUGUGUUUCAUUUGUUCAAGCCUAGUUGUGGAAGGGCCGUGACCCUGAUGAAAAGGAUCGUCUCUUUCAUCAAUCAAGAAUCUUUCGUUUUCUUCUUUUCUUCAAAAAUGGAUCCAAAAGCAACUGAAAUAGCUCACGAUUUUCCACCGUUUCUCCGAGCAUACACAGAUGGGCGGGUGGAGAGGUUUUUCGGCACCGACGUGGUUCCACCGUCGGUCGAUUCUGAAACUGGGGUUUCCACCAAAGACGUUGCAAAUGCAAUUGCACCUGAAAGAGGCGUAUCUGCGCGUAUCUUCAAGCCAAACACCAUCAAUCCAGACCAGAAGCUCCCUCUGCUGAUCUACUACCAUGGCGGAGCCCUCUGCCUGGGCUCUCCCUACUGCACCACAUACCACAACUACGUCACUUCUCUUGUCGCUGAAGCAAACAUCAUUGCAGUGUCUGUUGAUUACAGACUGGCACCUGAACAUCCCGUCCCCGUACCUCAUGAAGAUUCAUGGGCUGCAACCCAGUGGGUGGUUUCCCAUAGUCUCGGGCAAGGCCCUGAAGCCUGGCUGAAUGAUCAUUCUGAUUUCAAGCGAGUUUUUCUUGCCGGAGACAGCGCCGGAGCCAAUAUUGCCCACAACAUGGCUGCAAGAGCUGGGGUUGAAGGAUUGGGUGGUGUGAAGCUGUCAGGAAUUUGUCUACUUCAUCCAUAUUUCGGCCGCAGAGAAGCUGAUUGUGAUAGCCGCGGUGACGGUGACAGCCUCGUCGAUAAGAAGCCAGGUGUGGAUAACAGGUGGCUUUUCGUGUGUCCAACCUCGAGCGGGAUAAACGACCCAAUAAUAAACCCGGCAUCAGACCAGAAUUUACGAAAAUUAGGGUGCAGUAAGGUGCUGGUUUGUGUAGCAGAGAAGGAUGGACUGAGAAAAAGGGGGUGGUUUUAUUAUGAGGUAUUGGGUAAAAGUGGUUGGGGUGGGGCGUUGGAGAUUGUGGAGACGGAAGGAGAAGAUCAUGUGUUUUUUUUGUUCAAGCCUGGUUGUGAGAAGGCUGUGGCUUUGAUGAAAAGGCUGGCCUCUUUUAUGAAUCAAGACUAGGCUCAACGGUUUGUGUUGGGUGAUGGCUACAUCUUUUGGCCAAAUGCGAUAUGGGGAAGAAGGCCCAAACUUGUAUUUGGGAUUGGCUAGUUUAAUUGCCAUUUCUUAAUAUGUAUUUGGAUAAUUUUAUCUACCUACUUAUUAUAUCGACGCUUUUAUGAAUAAUAUGUAUGCUCCUAACAAAUUUCUAUAGGAAAAAAUGAGAAAUUUUGGGGGGUUUCACAUGGUAGACGCCUUAUACAUGUGGAGGAAACUUUUAGGAGA